GUGGGCCCCGUCUCUGUCAUUGGGGUGACAGCUGCAGAGGAAGAGACCCCCACCCCCACAGAGGUGGAAGAGAGCCCCAGCCCCACGGAACCCGGCACAGAGGCCCCAGAGCCCACCGAGGAGCCCCUCCUGGGGGAGCUGAUGGUGACAGGAUCCUCCCCAGACUCGCUGAGCCUGUCCUGGACUGUCCCCCAGGGCCACUUUGACUUCUUCACCGUUCAGUACAAGAACAGGGAUGGGCGGCCCCAGGUGGUGCGUGUCAGGGGCGAGGAGAACGAGGUCACCAUUGGGGGUCUGGAGCCGGGGCGCAAGUACAAGAUGAACCUGUAUGGCCUGUACGAGGGACAGCGUGUGGGCCCCGUCUCUGUCGUCGGGGUGACAGCUACAGAGGAAGAGACCCCCAGCCCCACAGAGGUGGAGGAGACCCCCAGCCCCAUAGAGCCCAGCACAGAGGCCCCGGAACCUCCCGAGGAGCCCCUCCUUGGGGAGCUGAUGGUGACAGGAUCCUCCCUAGACUCGCUGAGUCUGUCCUGGACCGUCCCUCAGGGCCACUUUGACUUCUUCACCGUUCAGUACAAGGACAGGGACGGGCAGCCCCAGGUGGUGCGUGUCACCGGCGAGGAGAACGAGGUCACCAUUGGGGGUCUGGAGUCAGGGCGCAAGUACAAGAUGAACCUAUAUGGCCUGCUCGAGGGGCAGCGCGUGGGCCCUGUGUCCACGGUGGGCAUCACCGCCUUCCAGGAUGUUGAGGAGACCCCCAGCCCCACGGAACCCAGCACAGAUGCUCCGGAGCCCCCCGAGGAGCCCCUCCUAGGGGAGCUGACGGUGACAGGAUCCUCUUCAGACUCACUGAGCCUGUCCUGGACCGUCCCCCAGGGCCACUUCGACUUCUUCACUAUGCAGUACAAGGACAGGGACGGGCAGCCCCAGGUGGUGCGUGUCAGGGGCGAGGAGAGUGAGGUCACCGUUGGGGGCCUGGAGCCGGGGCGCAAGUACAAGAUGAACCUGUAUGGCCUGUACGAGGGGCAGCGUGUGGGCCCCGUGUCCGCGGUGGGCGUGACCGCUGCAGAGGAAGAGAUCCCUACCUCCACUGAGGUGGAGGAGACCCCCAGCCCCACAGAACCUAGCACAGAUGCUCCGGAGCCCCCCAAGGAGCCCCUCCUUGGGGAGCUGAUGGUGACAGGAUCCUCCCCAGACUCGCUGAGCCUAUCCUGGACCGUCCCCCAGGGCCACUUCGACUUCUUCACCGUUCAGUACAAGGACAGGGACGGGCGGCCCCAGGUGCUGCGUGUCAGGGGCGAGGAGAACGAGGUUACCGCACGAGGCCUGGAGCCGGGGCGCAAGUACAAGAUGAACCUGUAUGGCCUGCACGAGGGACAACGUGUGGGGCCUGUGUCCACGGUGGGCACGACCGCUCCAGACUACGAAGCUAUAAUCACCCAAGCCCCGCCCAGUGAGGCCACCGAACCUCCCAUCAAACCACGCCUGGGGGAGCUGGCAGUGACAGAUGCCAUGCCUGACUCCCUGGGCCUCUCCUGGACAGUCACCGAGGGCCACUUUGACCACUUCCUGGUCCAGUACAAGAAUGGGGACGGGCAGCCCAAGGCGGUGCGGGUGCCGGGGCAUGAGGACAGGGUCACCAUCUCGGGCCUGGAGCCAGACCACAAGUACAAGAUGAACCUGUACGGCUUCCACGGCGGCCAGCGCAUAGGUCCUGUCUCCACUGUUGGUUUAACUGGUGAGUGUGCAGUGGGAUGCUGGGCCCUGCCCUAGGCUGGACUCAGUUUCACUUUUAUUCUCAGUAUUCGGGUG